AUGGCUCCCGCGACGAUGGAACUCGACACGAUGGACCUCGAGCACCCGGUGCUGCAGUCGCAUUCCUCCAAGGGCAAAGAACUCGCCAAGAAAGCGCCCACCUCGACCCACGACCGCGAGGAAGCCGAAGCGAAAGCCCGCCUGCAGGUCGCCGAGAGCACAUACGGCCGCGGCGGGGGGAAGCUCAAGGUCAAGAAUAUCAAGGACAAGAAGCUGCGGCACGAGGUUCGCCUGCAGGAGCAGAAACGCAGGGAUGCCGUGCUCAAGGCCCACGAUGCAGAAAUUCUGCUGGAAAACCAGAGCGGCUUCCUCGAGCCUGAGACGGAACUGGAACGGACGUACAAAGUGCGCCAGGACGACAUCCGGGGCGACAUUGCCAUCGAAACUGCCAAGAAGGGGUUUGAGCUGAAGCUGACCGACCUGGGCCCGUACGUGGCCGACUACACGCGCAAUGGCAGAGAAUUGCUGCUUGCUGGGCGCAAAGGCCAUAUCGCAACCAUGGACUGGCGCGACGGCAAGCUGGGCUGCGAGCUGCAGCUGGGUGAGACGGUGCGCGAUGCAAAGUGGCUUCACAACAACCAGAGCUUCGCCGUCGCCCAGAAGAAGUAUGUCUACAUUUACGACCACCAGGGAGUCGAGAUCCACAAGCUUCAGAAGCACAUCGAUGUCACCCACCUCGAGUUCCUGCCCUACCACUUCCUACUCGCAAGCAUUGGCCACGCCGGUUACCUCAAAUACACCGAUACCUCGACCGGCCAGAUGGUCACUGAACUCCCCACCAAGCAAGGCUCCCCGACAGCAUUCGCCCAAAACCCUUACAACGCGAUACUACACGUCGGACACCAGAACGGACAGGUUUCAUUGUGGUCUCCCAACUCCUCGGACCCGCACGUGAAGCUGCUCGCUCACAGAGGUCCGGUGCGAAGCAUUGCGAUGGACAGGGAAGGGCGGUACAUGGUCUCAACUGGCCAAGACAUGAAAAUGGCCGUGUGGGACAUUCGCAUGUUCAAAGAGGUCAACAACUAUUUCGUCAGGCAGCCUGGCGCGUCUGUGUCCAUUUCGGACAGGAAUCUGACGGCGGUGGGCUGGGGCACGCAAGUGUCCAUCUGGCGGGGACUGUUUGACAAGGCGCUCGAGGACCAGCAGAAGGUGCAAUCGCCGUACAUGGCCUGGGGUGGCGAAGGCAACAAAAUCGAGCGCGUAAGGUGGUGCCCAUUCGAAGAUAUCCUGGGUGUUUCGCACGACAAGGGCUUCAGCAGCAUCAUCGUACCCGGCGCUGGUGAGCCCAACUUCGAUGCUCUCGAGGUCAACCCCUACGAGACCAUCAAGCAGCGCCAGGAGGCCGAGGUCAGGCAGCUGCUCAACAAGCUGCAGCCUGAGAUGAUUUCGCUCAAUCCCAAUUUCAUCGGUGAUGUGGAUCUGGCUUCUGCUGAGACUCGUCGCAAGGAGCAGGAUACGAAGCCGGAGGAUAUUGUGGAGAAAUUGAAGAACAGGGGCAGAGGAAAGAACAGUGCGCUGAGGAAAUACCUGCGGAAGAGAGGACAGAAGAACGUUAUCGAUGAGAAGCGGAUGAAGUUGCAGCAGGCGCUGAAGGAGCAAAACAAGAGGGAACAAGCUGGCUUGCAGAGGGACAGGGAGAAGUAUGGCCCAGCGCUUUCAAGAUUUGCGAGGAAGGGUGCUUGA